GAUCUCUCCAGGAGAUCGCGAUCGAGAAGCCAUGACAGGAUGCCUUAUCACAGGAGAUACAGACGGGACAGUGACGCCUACAGAUUUGAAGACCGAAGCCCGUCUUUUGGAGAGGACUAUUACUCGACCCGCUCGCGAAACUGGCGGCGAUCCAGAGGCCGAGAGCAGCACCGUCCGAAGAAGCAUCAGCAUCACUGCCGGAAACGCAGGACCAGGUCUUGUAGCAGUGCCUCCUCGAGAAGCCAACAGAGCAGUAAGCGCAGCAGGAGCGUGGAAGAUGACAAGGAAGGCCACCUGGUGUGCAGGAUCGGCGAUUGGCUUCAAGAGCGAUGUACAGCCACCUUUCGUAAAACUUUACCUCUCUACUUUCUAUCCCCGUGUUAGACGAGAUCUCUCGUAUUGUACUGGAGGGGUCUCUAGUGUUUUAUUGCUUAUAAAUGGACUGAGCAGUAAAUUGCCUGAGGCAGACAAUAGACACUUGAGUUUUAAAGAGUGUAGCAGCGAGAGACGUUUUUUUGCUUUGACAUUUUAUUGCUGUGAAAUUGCAGGACCUCAGCUCUCGCCAAGCCUCGGAAGUUCACAUCCACUCCUGUUUUCUCUCCUAGAUGAAAUUGUCGGCAGCCUUGGCGAAGGCACUUUUGGCAAAGUGGUGGAGUGCGUGGACCACGCCAGAGGCAAAUCUCAGGUGGCACUGAAAAUCAUAAAAAACGUUGGAAAGUACCGAGAAGCAGCCAGGCUGGAAAUUAAUGUCCUGAAAAAAAUCAAAGAGAAGGACAAGGAGAACAAAUUCUUGUGUGUCCUCAUGUCAGACUGGUUCAACUUCCACGGUCACAUGUGCAUUGCCUUUGAGCUUCUGGGCAAGAACACUUUCGAGUUCCUGAAGGAGAAUAACUUCCAGCCAUACCCUCUCCCUCAGAUCCGGCACAUGGCCUACCAGCUCUGCCAUGCCUUGAGAUUUUUACACGACAACCAGCUGACUCACACUGACCUGAAGCCAGAAAACAUCUUGUUUGUCAACUCAGAUUUUGACACUCUGUACAACGAGAAAAAGAGCUGCGAGGAGAAAUCCAUUCGGAACACCAGCAUCCGUGUGGCAGACUUUGGAAGCGCCACCUUUGAUCACGAGCACCACACCACUAUCGUGGCUACCCGGCACUACCGUCCACCAGAAGUGAUUCUGGAGCUGGGCUGGGCACAGCCAUGCGAUGUCUGGAGUACCGGCUGCAUUCUGUUUGAGUAUUACCGCGGCUUCACGCUCUUCCAGACCCAUGAGAAUCGUGAGCAUCUUGUCAUGAUGGAAAAAAUCCUCGGGCCAAUUCCAUCUCACAUGAUCCACAAAACUCGGAAGCAAAAAUACUUCCACAACGGGAACCUGGUAUGGGAUGAGAACACGUCCGAUGGGAGAUACGUCCAAGAGAACUGCAAGCCCCUGCGGACAUACAUGCUGCACGACUCGCUGGAGCACGCGCAGCUCUUUGACUUGAUGAGGAGGAUGUUAGAAUUCGACCCUUCCCGGCGGAUCACGUUCUCGGAAGCCCUCCUGCAUCCCUUCUUUGCUGGCCUCUCCGCAGAGGAAAGGAUGUUGUGCGGCCGAGGCGCCAGCCGGGACCUGAGCAGAUGACAGCUAGAUCUGUACAUACGGGAUCGGUCUAGCCUCUGCAGUUCGGCCCCGCUUGCUCUCUUCUCUCCAAGUUCGGAGGGGCUGGGGCACUGCGAUAAGGACCCUGGUGAGGGGAGGGGAAGAAAAGCUACAUUGGAAAGCACAGAUUUGUCUAUUUAUAUGUUGUAAAGUUAAAAUAAAGUGUUUCUUAUUG